UUAUUUUUUUCUAAUAAAAAAUCUCUCUCUCUCUAUAUAUAUAUCUCUCUCUUUUCAUUUUUCACUUUCAUCCAUGGAAAAAAGAUCACAAACCCCACCACUCCAUCAUCAUUAUCAUCAUCAUCAUCAAUCUCUCACCAUGAACCUUUCCAGUGAAACUGAAAUAGAAUGCAUUGAUCAUCAAGAAGAAACACAACAACAUCAAAAUCAACUAUCACCAAUCAACAACAACAAUAAUCACCUGCAUGUAGAUGAAAAAUCAUUCACAAACAAAAGGUACAUGCCCCUUUUGAUAAUCAACUACCUCUUGCUCUUUGUUGGUUCCAUCUCAUCAAGUUUACUCUCAAAAUACUAUUUCAUCCACAAAGGUUCAAGCAAAUGGGUUUCAACUUGGGUUCAAUGUGCUGGUUUCCCUCUCUUAAUCAUCCCAAUUUAUUUCCCUUAUCUUAUCAAUUCAACCAAAAGAACUCCCUUUACAGAUUUCACUUCAAAAAUGAUAACUUUAUCGAUUUUCGUCGGUAUCAUGUUAGGGUUGAACAAUCUUUUAAUCUCAUGGGGUGUUGCUUAUCUUCCAGUUUCAACUUCAGCACUUCUGUUAUCUUCACAACUUGUUUUCAAUCUCAUUCUCUCAGCCAUCAUAGUGAAACAAAAAAUCACUUUUUCCAAUCUCAAUUGUGUUAUCCUUUUAACCAUAAGUUCAAUCAUUCUUGCACUGAAUUCCAGUGGCGAAAAACCAGAAGGGCUAACAAAAAAAGAAUACUUUAUUGGAUUCUUUUGCACCAUAUGUGCAGGGUUGUUAUUUGCACUUUAUUUACCGGUGAUGGAAAAAGUUUAUAAACAAGUUUAUAGUUAUGAAAUGGUGAUGGAAAUGCAACUUAUAAUGGAGAUUGCAGCAACAGUUUUAGCGACUGUGGGAAUGGCGUUUGAUGGUGGAUUUUCUGAGAUGAAGAGAGAAAGUGAAGAAGUCUUCGAUAAGGGAAGUGAAGUUUAUUGGGUGACGGUUAUGGCGAAUGUGGUGACGUGGCAGUUUUGUUUCAUGGGAACUGCUGGGAUGGUGUUUUUUACAUCUUCAUUAACAAGUGGGAUUUGUAUGACAACAUUGUUAUCAAUGAAUGUGUUGGGUGGUGUUUUGGUUUAUAGAGAUGAGUUUGGUGGUUUUAAAGCUGUUUCAACUGUUUUGUGUUUGUGGGGAUUUUGUUCUUAUGUUUAUGGAAUAUAUGUUAAGAUGUUGGAAGAUAAAGGGAGAAUGGUGAACAAAAAUGAUGAUUCAUUCAUGGACCAGGAUGAGGAGGAAUGGAAGCGCAACUUGCUAAAUGAAUAACCAAGUAAUGGAAUGUAUAAGCAGUUGAAUGAAUAAUCGAGGAAAUCUCAUCUUUGUAUUUCAUAUAUAUUUUCUUAAUAAACAACUGUUGUAUUUUAUAUGAUUUUUUUAAUUUAUCUAUUCUCUCGGUUGGAUAGUCCAAUCCAGAGAAAAUAUCUUUUGCAUGUAUUUCUGAGAACUA